UAUAGGGGAUUAGAGAAUUUGUGGCAUGUGUAAGAUUUGUAUGUUUUUGAAAAUCUGUUGUAGCCAGAAUUGAAUUAGAGGACGAAUUGUAGAGGAAAGUUUGAUUAAGAAUAAAAGUAAUUAGUCACAUUAUGAAAAUUUAUUAUUUGAAUCAAUUAUAUAACCCUUCCUACAAUUAGUAAUUUUUUUCUACAAUUCUCCCUCUAAUUUAAUUUCUGAUGCAGCUGAUGUUCAGAAUCUUAAAAUGUUAUAACUACCACAAAUUUUCUAGUCUCCUGUAUUUUGUAUAAAAAUGGAUUCUAACACCCAACAUAUUAGCAUAUCACUGUAUGACAGAAGCGGAGACCUCAUUUUGUAUUAUCUUACAUCGAAUUUCUCCCAUAAAAAACAAAUUAUUCAUUAACUUCAAUGCCCUCUUUCAGCCCACCAGCCCAAUACACUUGUAUAGAGCUUAUUAUAUAAAAGCCAAAGUUUACGAAUAUUGCGGUGAUUCCCAACUAGAGUCUAAUAAAGAGGAUUCGAAGGGAUUUAAUAUGACAGAUUAUUAUAGAGGCCAACUGAGAGGCCUAUAAGGAAGCACAAGGAAUUCAAGAAGUGGAGGAGACCUUGUAUGGAGAAGAUAAUAACCAGUUUUCAAAUGCUUUACAAAAGCCUGGUGAGGAUGAUAAUAGAGGCAAUAAUGUUAAGGAAAAUUAUUAAUUUUGAUUCAUAAUUUGCAGGCCAUAGGAAAUAAUAUUAAUAGUGCUGAUGGAUUAAUGACCCAACUUUCAGGGAUUACUGAGAUCGGAGAAAAUGCUAAGGCUCAAGAUUUUAAGCCUUCUCUUAAUAAUUUAAAGCCAAUGUAUCCAGGAAAGAAAAAUGCUGUUGUUCCAAUGGCUCUUGAAGUUCAUGAUUCUAACCACACAGUUAUGGCUCCAAUCCAGGGAAAUCCUAUUCAUCCCACUCAAGGACAAGACCUCAAUGCUAAAAGAGUCAUGAAUGAAAGAUCAUUUCAAAAUCAAUCUAUGAAUCCUGAAUAAAAUCAGCUAACUCAAAAAAUGGAAGAAUCAGAUCAAGAGGAUAUUAUUCCAGAAGGUGAAAAAUUGAAAACAAGGAAGCUAUUCUGGCAAAUGAACGAGGAGAUAAGAAUCAAAUGGAAUAUCUUCGUCAUAAUUCUAGCCAUUUGGAACUGGUUCUCCAUCCCCUUCAAUGCAGCCUUUUCCCUGACUUCAUGAAGUCUAUUAGAAUAGAAAAUAUUCAAUGCUCUUAUUGAUUCGUUAUUUAUGGUCGAUAUGGUUAUUAACUUUAGACUUCUUAUAUAAAUUCCAAAACAGGUGAAGAAAUCUUCGACCUUAAAAUGAUCUGAAGGCAAGAUUCUGGAUCGAUAUUCUUGCAUCACUUCCUCUCGAUACGAUUUACCUGGUAUUCUUCUCUUCAGGAGGUGAUACUGCUAUUUUCAAACUGUUUGGGUUGUUAAAGUUAGUCCGUGCCUUCGAUUAUCAAGAAUCAUUAUGUAGAUGAACUUAAGAGAUAACAUUUAAAUAUCUCUCAAGCUUGUAAAAUUAGUGUUUUCCUUAUUAUGUAUAUUUAUUAUCUGAGUGUUCUUGGCAUUUGAUAGUAAAAGACAACAAGAAAUGGAUUCUUCCUUUAAACUAUGUCUGGACUGAGACUGAAAUUUACACUGAUACGAUAUCAAUGCUAUUUUGGAACGCUAUUUAUCAUAGUACUCUUCUCCUUGCAGAUAAUAAUAUUGGUCCUCGGAGAGACCUUCAACUCUUCUUUUGAAUCACAGCUUUACUCAUUUGUGCUAUUAUUAAUGCUAAUAAUUUUGGUAAUUUUGCUGUACUUGUCUCUGCACUCAAUAGGAAAUCUACUAAAUUUCAAGAAAAGUUAGAUACAGUAAAUACUGCAACAAAAAAUAUGAAGCUCCCAGAAGAAACUCAGAAGGAAGUUCAGAAUUAUAUUAUGUCCACUCAAAGUACUCUUGAACAUCGCAAUAAACAAAAUGUUUCAAAAAUAAAACUGGAUUCAUUUAUAAGAACAUAGAACUUCCCCUUCCCUUCGUUUAGAAGUCACA